CCUGCUGUUCCAGGAUAAAAAAUGGCUGGAAUUGGUUUGUGUGUGUUUGGGGAUGGAUAAAGGGGAGGGGAAAAUAAAGUGUUCUCUCCAGGCCUGAAAUCUUAACUGCCAACUGCAAAGGUCAGACUAUUAAGUGCUUCUUAAUAGUGGGGGUGUUUUUAGGAUUUUUGGAUCAAUACUCAAUUUAAUUAGAGAUCAUAAAUCUUAACAAUACUGAGGACCAGAUGCUUCAGAACAAGAUCUGAAGUGGCUCUAAAUGGGCAGAUGGAACAAUCUAUCCAUAGGAAGACUUUUACUUUUUAAACACAGGCAGAUGAAUUGUUAAUUUGCAGGGCAAAUGAGGGCUUUUUUUUUCUGGAUUUCUAUGUUGUUAUUCUCAGUAGCAUAACUAGAUAUUUGUAGUCAUUUUUAAAGUAUCUUAUUAAGCUUGGAGGUUUAGCUCAAGGCUGCGAUUCCCACAGGUCAACGAUGUUUUUCUGUUUUUUAAAAGUUACCAUUUUUACAUUUGUUGCCUUAAUUUUGGUUGUUGUUUCCUUAUUUUUGUAUUGCAAGACAAGAUAAACGUUAAGUGCCUUCUGUUUUCCACGUCCUUCAUUUUACAGUCACGUAUUUUCCUUGGUUUAUUUUUUUUCUCUAAAUGAAAGUAUUUGUUUUCUUUUUGUCUCCUUCCAUUACCUCUGAUUGUCUUCAUAUUUCUGUGAGGAUCACAUGCCCCUCAUCAGCACAAGGAACAUUUCCUUUCCUUUCAAGGAGGAAAGUAAAGACCACAUAGGGAUGUUCCCACUGAAUUUAUUUAUUUCCUUGUAUUUCUUUCAUCUUCAUCUCUUAGGGAUAAGGUUUAGUGCUGGACUUGAUCUUAAAGGUCUUUUCUAAAGAAUUCUGUGAUUAUUUUUACUUGGUCUCUGUUUACUUUGUGUUCAUAAAACACAGUCAAGAGUGAAAACAAAGUUCAUCAUCCUCUGAUUAAUGUCUCACCUCUUAAGUAUCCUUAUUUUCUGACAAUAUCUUCCCAUCCUUUCAAAGGCUGAAGUACUGAAUUAAAAAAUUCUCUCUCCCCCUUUUCAGGUGUUUCUUACAGAAUUCUCUCUGCCCCAAAAAACCUAUGAUUUGUGUGAUACUUGAUUGGUUCUUUCACAUAAUUUCCCUUUUUUUUUUUUUUUUUUUUUUUUGUUUGCCAUUAAAUUGCCUAAACAUCCAUAUUUACUAUCCAAAAUUGUCACUUGUCCCUAUCUUAAAUAUUAAAGUUGGGCAGCCCCCCUUAAAAAAAAAAACCAACCAAAAACUGACUUCAGAAUGAAUCUCCCUUUCCAACCUUUUGUAAUUUGGAUUCUAUUCCAGUUCUAAAGAAUUGACAUAAUAAAAAAAAAAAGCAAAAAUACUGAUUUAGGGUGGUUUUGAAAAUACCUGAAAGCCCACAGGUUUCUGAGAGGGCUGACUCUGACUGCUGCAAGUAUCUUUCCCUUAAUCCUGACUCUGCAGAAUGUUCCAUCCUCCAGGAUUUUGGGAUACAUCUCAAGUUUUCAAUGAUUACUAAAAGGGAAAAAAAAUGACAAAACACUCUGUUGGAUAUAAAAUGAUGGAAUAUACAUUUCUUCCCUGAAGCAUCUGGUCACUGUCAGACUUAUCCCAUUACAGAGCCAUGCCAAUGUCUACCUUACUUAUAUUUUAAUUACUGUUGGAGACAAGUACAAAAAUAAAAUAGAAUAAAAAAAUUCUCCAAUUUUGCCCAAAAGACUGAGUUUUGAAGAAAAGGAUGUCCUAAUCCUCCAGUCCUUGCCUGCAGAAUUUUUUCAUUAGGUACAAAUCUGUGCCAACACUGUUGAGUGAUGGGUAUGAGUUGGUAAGCUACUAAGAAAAGCUUAUAAUAGCAUUUAGUUAAAUAUUUUCUAUACUGUUUAACUUAAAACCUUUCUACAUUGGAGGUGUAACCUUUCAUCCUAUUUAACUCGUGAAAUGCAAAGAGGAGGCUUAUUCGGUGCAUCAAGAAUUUUAAACAGAGCAAGAACAUAGAACUAGAGAUUUUGUGAGUAAAAUUGGGAGGAGUGGCUGGAAAGAGCCUUCCCUAUCUUGGCUUAGCUGCUGGAAUAAAUUAAACACUACUGAAGGUCUCACCGACGCUUGACUGUGAAAAUGGGAACUGUUCUUUGCCAGGUUCCUGCUCUGAGGACUGGACUGUACCAAUGACUGCAGAGCUUCCUUCUCAAAAUUAUUCUCUGAUCUCGAGGAAUAAGACUGAAAGAAUCUCAUCCAACAGGCACGAAUUUGGAAGUGCCUUGUCUUCUAUCAGGCACCCUGAUUCCAUUUUCCACCCAGAAGGGAAAACAGGACAAUCUGUGUAUUGCACUCCUACGCGCCGCGUUUCGCUUUGGGAUUAUCCUCAUUGUUUAAAUACAAAAAACCCCGUUAUAAAAAUGCUGCGAUAUCGAGUUAAUAUUAAUCCUACACCGCCGACCUCCGGAUCUCUGUCGUUCACCGUCCAGGUGAAGCCUUCCCUCCACACACACACAAAGGUAGCAGCAACAAAGCCUUGUGUGAGCAGGGCAGCGGCCUCGGGCCAGCAUGUGGGUGUGGGAAGCGGCGAGCGGCGGCGGCCGCGGGGCGCUCGGGCCGAGGCAGGCGCUGGGCUGCGGCUGCAAUCGGUGCGUUGCCCCUUUAAUUGUGUCCCCAGCCCUCGGGCGUCUCUGUCCAACGCCCACGUCAGCAAAUACCUUUUGUUUCUCUCCCGUUCGGGCUUGCAGGGCUCGGGGCUGCGGGAGCAGCGGCUCGGCGGCGCCUCCAGGCACGGCGAGCCCCGAGGUGGGGCCGGGGAUCCCGCAGCCACCGCCCGCUCCCCCCGGCUCGGCGGCAGCCGCCCGCAGCACCCCGCCGCAAACCUUCCUCUUACUCCCUGCCUGGAAUGGAGAUUUCUUCCCACCAGUCUCAUCUCCUGGAGCAGCUGAACGAGCAGCGGAAGCAGGACUUGUUCUGUGACUGCAACAUCCUGGUGGAGGGCAAGGUCUUCAAAGCCCAUCGCAAUGUGCUGUUUGCCAGCAGUGGCUACUUCAAAAUGCUUCUUUCGCAGAGCUCGAAGGAGACGAGUCAGCCGACAAUAGCCACGUUUGAGGUUUUCUCUCCAGAGACGUUCAUGGUUAUCCUGGACUUUGUGUAUUCAGGGAUAUUGUCUUUAACGGGUCAGAAUGUCAUCGAAGUCAUGUCAGCCGCCAGCUAUCUGCAGAUGACAGAUAUCCUCAAUGUCUGCAAGACCUUCAUUAAGUCCUCACUGGAUAUUAAUGAAAAGGAAAAGGAUCAUUACCUCAGCCUCUCAGCCAAAAGUGCGAGCACUGAACCUACCCCUGCCCGCCCGGCUCUUUAUCGCUCCAGAAGGAAAGCAAAGAGCAAUCCCCGGCGUUCCUACUCCAUCCCGGACGAAAAACCCAACGGGAAUGAGAACUCCUGGAGCAGUUACAGCAGCUACCUGUCCUCACAGGUGAUCCUGCAGCGGGCAGACACCCAGCUGUCCAAAAGAGGCAGGAAAGCGGGCUCCGCGAGGAAGCGCCGCAAGCACCUGGGGCUGUCCCAGAGCCGGGAGCUGGGAGGGUGCAAAUCGGACAGGGCAGAGCGAGCCGCAGCCUCGGAUUCCACUCACAUCUCCCGAGGGGGAGAGGAGGCUGAGUUUGAGGCCGAGUUUGAUGCUGAGAACAACGUGGAUCAGGAUGAUUUUGGAUAUCAUCCCAGAGCAGAGGCCAUACGCAAGAGGUGGUCAGUUACUCAGCUAGAACAAGAACUUUCCAGAACUCCUGAGUUCAUGGAGUUAAAGGCAGAAGAGCUGUACACCUCAAUGCCCACAAUUUUAGGGGUAAUGAGUAGCUGGAAUGAAGCUGGAAACUGCAGAAAGAGCAGCAAGAAAGCUGUGCUGUGUGCCCUGUCCCUGCCAGGUGACCUGCCCCGGAUGCGUUUCAAGUGCCCGUUCUGCACCCACACCGUGAAGCGCCGGGCAGACCUGAAGCGUCACCUGCGGUGUCACACCGGGGAGAGGCCCUACCCCUGCGAGGCCUGUGGGAAGAGGUUCACCCGCCUGGAGCACCUGCGCAACCACUUCCAAACGAUACACCAGGCUGGCAAACUGAUCUGCAGGAAGUGCAAGCGCCACGUCACGGAGCUGACAGGCUGCGUGGUGCAGCAAGGGACACGGCGCUACAGACUGUGCCACAAGUGCUUGGCAGAAGCCAAUUUCGACAGCAUCCCCAAGGAUUUCAAUGCAUCUGAACAUUCUCCUGUCUCCUCCACGGGAAACAAACGCCCCAAAUGGGCUUUGGAGGAGGAGCAGAAAUCAGAUGAAGAGACAGUGGAGGAAGAGCCCUGUAAUUUGGUUGUCAGACACAAUAAUGAUGAUAUUCCAGAUGAGGUAAAGGAAAAGGUGAAGCCAAAUCUUAGGUAGAUCUUUGUGUAUUUGUUAUUGUUGCGUUCAAGGUAAAAUGACUCAUGUCAUGUCAAGUAAUGCUGGUUUACUACUUUUAAUAAAUGAAGUAUUGCUAAAA